AUGGUCGGUCGGUCCCUGUCUUAUCACUGGACUGCAUUCAGCGAAGACAGAAAGGUGUGAAGACCAAGAAGCCUUGAAUGGAAUGUGAUUGGUUUCUCCUCACGCGCUGCACCCAAAAAAGGGCAUAUGUCUCUUUUUGUGUAUCAGCAUAAUCGCCGUCGGAAUGUCUGCGCGGUUGAGAUCGAAUUGAGAGAAAAGUUUUGCCGCAUCUUUGCGAUCUCAUCUCAUCUUUUCUUUGUUUUGUUUUAAGUUAACUUUUUUGAGGCUAAAAGUUUAGAAGAUACAGUCUCACGUUGAAACGUACUUUAUUAAUGUGAUUUACUGUUACAAAAAGUCUUGUAAACCAUUAUAUUAAGGACUUUGAUCUUCAUUAUUUUCCCGCACUUAGAAAACAAGAGAAAGGUUCAUUCUUUUGUUUUGGAAGAAGAGUUUUCGAAAGUGUCGAAGAACGACACAGAUGGCUAUUUCGAGGCUGACGUGUUCAGAUCGGAACGAAAAUGUGGUCGCGACCUUCGAUUGCGAGGUUUGAAGACACCGAUGCGUCAUCAACACUUUGUUUGUUGUUUCGACGUCUGAAAGUCAUCUGGGUGGCAGAAUGAACACAUCUUGUAAAAUCAAUUGUUAAGGUCAAAUCAUUUUAUUUGAUAUCUGAUAAUAGGAAAAAAUAAACUUUGAAAAAAAAACCCUUUUGAGCAAGUUUUUGUGAAAAUUGAUGCCUGAAUUUAACAAAAGAAGGGUCUGAGGUGGAAAAUACAGAUCUGAUCCUAACUUCUGAGAUGGUUAGUCCUAGAUGUAUGUAUUCGAAACACGAAGAUUUAUCUGGAUAGCGCCUAAAAAUACUGAAAAAUAAACCGUCGAAAAUGUACGGCAAAAGCUCGAAAAAUGGUUUUCUUAGGCUCAUGCUGAGGACUAACUACUUUGAAGGGUUUGAAGGUUUUAUUCAAGAAUUGGUCAGGAAAUGACUUCUUUUUCAUUGUAGCUAUUUUCUAAUUCUUUUUUUUGAAUGCAUAGUUGGAAAAGAAAGCAAAAACAAUGAAUUUCAUUUUUUCUUAGAAUUUGUUUCAUUUGUUCACUGGUUCACCUUUUUGCUAUUCAAUCUUCUCUCAAAACGAAGAUUUUUCAGAGCACAAACGGCUGGAGCGGUCCCUCGACGAGUGUAGCCGAUGCAUAGAUGGGUCACGGCUGGCCAAGCACUGCGUCGUCGCCUUCGGAAUCAACGUAAGAUCUCUCUUUUGUACCAAAGCUCUCGGGAUCCCUAAUCGGAUUUUUCCAAGGUGUAGUCACUUUGUAAUCAACCUGAACGGAAAGAAGCUGAAACCUAGGCCCAUUUUCGCAGUCUGUAAUACUUCUUUGAGUCUGGUAACUUUUGACAUAAGAGUUUCGGUAUACAUGGAAACUUUUGAGUUUUUACACCGGCCCCUUUCCAAGGGUUAAUCUGAGAGAUUUUCAACGAAAUGGGAGAAAAUAUUCAUAUGCACAUUUGUGAGAAAGUCAGAAAGAACAAAAACCUUAAAAUUCAAGUUUCAUCGGACGAUCAACUUUGAAAGAAAGAGUAUUCCGACAAACCGGGAAUUCUCUUUAGUUUUUUGGGUGUAGAACUGAUGAUUCGUCACUCAAUACUAUUUAAUAUUUUGUUCAGCUUAUAACCUCUUUUUUAUUGUUUUUUCCAAAUACGCUUGUUGAGAUUUUCUGAUCAACUGCGUUUUCAGAUUGAGUUGAUUAAAUAUGAUCGAUGUGACGUUUCGAAAACCCUAUUCAAUAUUCUGAAUUCCAAUUGCGCAUCAUACGCUCAAUGAAUGUUAGUGAUCUUCGUCCUUCCUUGUUUCGCAGUUAUUUCUCUCCAAUCAGGACGGACGAUUCUAAAAACUCGUUUCACAAUGAGUUAUUUUAAAAACAAAUUAGCGUUUCCUAACAGGUCGUCGUUAGUUUUAUUUCAUUCGAUUUUUCUUCUUUUACAACCAUUUUCGUUGUUUUCUUGAGGGAAAAGUUGGUCAAAACUGUCACAUGGCCGCCCUUUCGAACUCACUUUAUUGCCCAAAAGUCCGUUUCAAGAAACUUAAAAUCGUCUGCCGAUUUCGUGUAGUUUCUUCUGCAGGGUCGUUCAGAGGAAGAAUGUUUUCGAUUAGAUGGAAAAUAUUUACUCGGGAAUGAGGAUGACCAAAAAACGGAAUGUGUGCAGAAGACUAUUUUCGACGAAUUCUAAAUAUAUUGACGGCGAAGAAUUUGGAGAGACAAGAGGUCAAACGGGAAGAAGGAAUGGAAAAAAUUUCAAGUGGUUUUCGAUGUUGAAACGCGCGCCGACAGGCAAGUCACGUUCGAUGUAACGCCAGAGAAGUUUGCAAGGAUUUUUUGAUAUCGAACACAAAAAUCGAAGAGAAGGCGACACGUUUGCACUCUAGCCUUUCACUGAUGUUCCUAAACAUGAGACUUGGACGCGCGACAACACAGGAUAGACUGAAAUGAUAUCAAAAAAUGAUUCUGACAGGUGCCGAAGACAAAGUUGAAACGCUUUCUUCGGCGAUAUGAGUCAUAGUUUUUUCUCUAGUUGUAGUGUAUUUGCCGACUCGCAAAUGAAUUCAUUCACUAACUUUUCAUUAUAAAAUUGUUCAUACUGAGUUUUUUUUUCACGUAUUUUAUCUAAACCAAAGAUUUGUAACAGAAUUUAAUCGCAAAAGUUUUUUUUUCGGUGCUUUUCAGAUGCCGAUUUUUCAAAAAGGAUGUGAACAGUACUAGCUAGUUAAUCUUUUGACGCGCGUAGAAAUAUGAUUUUCGCCUUAAAAGAAAUUUAUUGAGGCGACAGGUUCCUAGUAGUAUCGAAUGUUUUUUCUCUCGAAACAAAUAUUAUAGUUCAACAGGAAAAGUUGAAUUUUUUUCGAACUAAAAUAAAAGAAAGAUAAAAAUUAAAAAUAGCAUGUGGUGGUUUGAAGCAAGGUCCAACUUCACUAUGACCUGUCUAUUGCCUUUUUGAAUACCUUAUGUUCAGACCUACCUGGCUGUAGUGGAGUGGGAUGGCCUGGAUGAACAGCACUGCAUCAUUGCGCCGAUGGCUCACGUCUCUUCGAGCAUCCAACUCGACGAGAACGUCUGGGACGAAAUGCGAAUUUGGCGCAAAGGUACCUUCUUCCGCUUCUAUUCAAACCCACUAUUCGAAAUUGGUUUUACCUUCAAACAUUGUUUUUUUUUUUCAGAUUUAAACCGAAAAUUUUUUUAAAUCUAAAUAUUAUAGACAGAAGCUAUCCGAUUCAAACAACAUUGCCAGAAGUUUUUUUGAAACUAAUUUGAACAAUUUCUACCGGAAUAAGCAAGUUUUUUUGCCUUCCGUAAGACUUCCGUUAUUUAAAAAUGAAAAUCCACAUCAUUUUAAAUUUUGUAAUGAAAUUCUAUUUUGUAAAUCUAGUUUCCGUGGGUUAUGAGCUUUGAAGCUCUUCCGGAGAAAAUCUCUUUCUGUUUUCGAGUUUGCAGAGCUCGAUAGGUUCAUCGAAAAGCUGUAGAGAGGGAUUUUGCAGGUUUGGUGGCGAUGUGGAAUGAGCAAGGGAGAGACUGUGUGUUUCUGGAGAUGUCGCGACACGUCGACCAGAACCCGCACCUCGUCGUCGAAUGUCUGCCGCUGCCGCUCGAAGUCGGAGACUUGGCUCCCAUCUACUUCAAGGUUCUUCCUCAAUUUUUGACAUGCCUUUUUUGCAAAAAAAAAGGAAAAAAAAUGGACCUCUGAAUUUUCCUUGAUUUGCUUGAACGGGUUGGGGUUUAACGGCGCAAUUCGUUGGAAUGUUGGUCGAUGAUUUUCGACCGUUUCGAAAGGCCUGCCUGCAAUAUUGGCGAGGAAUGUUAACACGCUGAUUCGUCCUUUUCCCGCAGAUUCGGAGGAAUUUGAACGGAUAUUUAGAGCGAGUGCUUCCCUCGGACUUGCUUUCUUUCAUUAUGCGCCUGAAUGCUCGAACGUCGAAGAACAGCCGACUUCGAAAAUAUCAAUAUAGGAAUUUUCUGCAGAUCUCUUUUUCCUUUCUGUUAAAGUGUGUUUCGCUGGAACGGUCCUUCGAUCAAAUCUUUUAUUGUUUGCCUGAGAGCGGUCCACACACUCGACAAUCGGCGUUUGGCCUAUCGGAACUUACGACGAAGAAACCACGAGCGGAAUGUCCAUAAUGACGCUUUCGCUAGUUAUGCCGACUGAGACAGUUGUUCGAAGAUCAUCUUGUUUUUUUUUUUGUUUUAAGCGACGCGGCGACGACUUCACGACGGUCACCACGUGAUAGGUCGGUCUCUUAGGGAUCGCUGUCAUAAUAAUAUCGCUCUGAAGCCUACUGUUGGAAUGUUUUUGUGCGGAAAGAUCUCAGUCCAGUAUUAAAACAAUGAUCAAAUUUCUAUUGAUUUUUUUUUCUUAAGAAGUGGGUAUAACAGAUGGACUACACGGAGGAAAAAUUUUUAGAUGAUUAAAUAAUGGAAAUGCUAUAUAUCCGUAAUGAAUGGAAAUGAAUUUUAAGAAACAGGAUCUCAUCAAUGUUAACUCUCUAAGACUCAAUUCACAAGGAAGAUGUCGUCAUUGAAAAUUCCCGACGAUUAUUAGCUUCAAAUUGUGUAUUUGAAAGCAAAUUCAAACGGUUUUCUGGUUUAGCCUGGGACUCCAAAAUUUUUCUAAUAGACGCAUAGAAAUUUUUUCGCUGUACCCAUCUCCGAAUGGAAAAAGAGAGUAAUGCAUUUUUGCAUGCGCUUAUUCAUGUUUACACCUCUGAUAGUCAAUUACGUCCUUCCGAACUCUCAGUCUGGUUGAGACGGUUUCGAUGAAAAAGUUGUGAAAGGGAUAGGUGCAGGCCGGGUUGAGCGAACAGCGACACGCUCCGCACGACCUCACGACGCGUGGUGGUCGUGCAGCGACGGCGCCAGCACGUCUCCAACGUCUUCGCGGAAUCGACCUUCCCAUCUAUCAUCGGUCUUCAGGCACCGCAGAUGUCGUUGUUUUCCACACGCCAUCAUGUCUCGCAUCAGGCCGAUAGCAACGAUGAUAGUAGGCGCCUUGACUGUCGCGUGAUUUACACGAUUGAUUGGACUGCAAUUUGCAGAUCUUUCAUUUCCUUCAAAAAUAUUUGCAUUUCGGUGAUUCGCGCCGACACGCCUUCACCGUCUUCGUUAUUCGGUUCACGUGAACGGGUGCACGUCAAAAACAUUUUUACCCGAAUAUUCAUCGAAAAAAGCAUUGAAAAUGAUUAAUCAGGGAACCUUUUGAGCUCGGAGGCAUUUUUUUGUUGCUUCACAUUGACGAAAAAAACCUAUGAUUUAUAGGUCCAUAUAUUGCUUGUUUGUUUAGCAAUCUGUCCCUUCCAGUUGGUGAGCAAUUCCCAAUUAAAAACAAUGGGCCAGAAAACAAAAAGGCCGUGCAGAAACAGAACUUUGAGUUUGAUGUUUUUGUUGAGCUUCGGGCCAUUUCCUGUUUUUCUAGCACAAAUGAUAUUAUAAAUUUGGAAUGAAUUCAUCAAAUUUUAGUCUUGCAGAAAGCGAUAAACGAGUGUGAGGGCGAGUUUGUGGACAACAAGAAGCUGCUUGAAACGAAAGACUUGCGGCGGCAGAUCCCCAAAGGCUUCAGCUUCUUCUCAGUCGACUUCGGUCUGAGCAACGGCUUUGCUCAUGUUAUAGAAAACCACGAGCUUUUUCCUGCAAACUUCGGGACGGUUCGUCUUCACUCGUUUGGAAAUUCUCAAUGCUCUCCACAGGAAAUCCUCGCUGGAAUGCUCGACUUACCGCCGAAGAAGUGGCGCAAGCGUGAAGCCGUCGAGAUGAGUGUUCAGAAGGCUCGGGCCGAAGCCUUCAAACAGCUCUGGGAACCAUUUGAUUGGACCAAACGCCUCGACCGUCAACAAUAA